AACGGAUAACAUCGGCAAGCAGCAGCAGUGGAAGCAGCAAUUACCAAGGCGAUAAUUGAAGCAGUGGCAAACAGUAGCAACGGUCUACUUUUAGUGGCAGCAGUUACCAUCACAAGCGGAUCGUUUCGGGUACGCUCUCUCUUGCAGAGUAGCGGGUACGCACGCUUGCUUGGCAUCGAAAAAGUGGAAGUGGCUUGUUGAGAUUUCCCCACGGCAGCAAGAACGGAUUUCAAGGCGAGCAUUAAAAGCUGAGCGGCUAACAAUCCGACUGUGCCUCACAUCGAUCUCUAGUGUCAACGACAGCAGCAGCGGUAUCGACACCUAGCAUCAACAACCUGUGUCUCGCUGUGUCUCGCAUCGGUUUACUAGUGGCAGUAGCAAACAUAACGAGCGGAGCGUUUCGGACACGUUCUCUCUCUCUUUCACAAGUAGAAAAAUGAACGAUUCCUGCAUGUGAGAACUACCUUGGAAAGCCCGGAAGUAAAAUAUACGUGAUUUGUUUUUGAGUUUUAGGUUACAUUAGCAUCAUUUUCUUAGUUCAAAAAAAAUCCAGAUGUCUCGCCGAUCGUUUACGUUUUGCGUUAGAUCGCCAACUGACGAAUUUACGCAAAACUGAAUCAGCUCAUGCGACACCUACAUUAGAGCUCAGCACAACAAAAGUGAGGGUGUUUGUUUAUUUUACGUUCUGAAAAACAAGAUUCGGUGGUGAUUAUUCAUUUUAUUUCAAUUUAGAUUCAUUUCAGCCAUUGAAUGUCGUCAGUAUAUGGUAAGAAAGUUAGAGUUUUGUAUAUUUACGAUGGUUUCAACACGCGAUUUGACCAAAGUCAUAGAUAAUCUUCGAAAAUUUUAAGUUUGAUAAUGCAUACCGGUUAUUGAUACUAUGGAUAAUUGUGAAUGUGAUCAAAUUGGCUGAUAUCAUUGAUUAUGUAGGGGUCGAUACGAGAAGGAUUUGCAGUAUUUUUAGCGCAAAACUUCCUAUUCAUCGUUCACUUAUUUGAAAAAAAUACAAGGUUACAAUACUUAUAACAAGCCAUUCCUCGUAAUGUACAUAGCACAUUGUAAAAUGAUGAUUUUCUAACCUUUUCAGCGUGGAAAGAAUACAUGAAACCGGGAAUUUUAAAGAUAAAUUCUGAUUUUUCUAGAAAAUUUCAACGAAUUUCAUACCAAAAAAAACAAAACAUCCUCAUUUUACUCGCUGCGCCAUCUGGUUGUAAAUUCAACGUAAAUUCGUCAAUUGCGUUAUCCGCGAUUUUGGUUAUCCGGGGUGACUUUGUCAGACUUUUCCGCGGAUAAUCAGGAUUCUACUGUAUUUGUUCCUACAUAGGCGCGCACAUCAUCGCUUCACGUAUUUUCCAUCGUUUUUCUCUACGUUGUCCUUUGUUUUUAAAAUCAACGAAAUUGGAACGUAUGCCAUUAAUUGAAAUUCCAGAAUAUCGCUGACAUUUUUGUUUGGUUUUACUAAAAAAAAGAAGCGACGUGAGCGCUAGAGUGUAAUAAAAAAACGUAAAACUUCGUCAAAGAAGCGUUUGCAUUUGAAGCGAUACGAUCCUCAACACGGUAUUAUGAGCAACUGGAAUUAGACACAAACAUGUGCCAAUCAUGAUGAAGAAAUGUGAUGACAUUGAAACAAACAAAUUUCAAACAAAUUACCUGGCAUCCCUGGCAUCCACAAAAUACAAAAGUUGCCAUUUCGCUUUCUCCAUUUUUCAUCAGUGUGAAAGGCAUCGUUUUGGUGGGCUUCAUCAUUGUUUUUUCCCAUAAAAGUUUGGGAAAUUUUAUUUCUUAACGUUGAAUCUUAUUCAGACGAUAUCAUUUAAGAGUCUAGAUUAACUUUUUCGCAGAAAUGGCUGAUAAGGGGAAGCAAAAAGAUUCCCAGAUGGAACAACAGCCCGGACCAUCGAAAGGCGGCGCUGAUAAGGAUGAUGGUCAGAACAAACCAGCACAGGCCGGAAAGGGAAGAAAGCGGAAGCAUUCAAUAAAACGUACAAACAACAACAACAAACGCAACGGUCCAACUGAGGAGGAUAUCAACGCCGAGAAGUUGCAAUUUUUGCUCGAGCCAGUUCUGGAGGCGUUUCGGGGUCUCACCUCUGGAAAUGAGGCGGAAACAAUGAAAGCAUUAAUUUCUGCAUUGCAACCGUCCCAGGAAGAGGUCGAAAUGGCUCUCAUUAAGGUCAAACUAGACCUUAACAGGGUGCUUGGCUUCCCUAACAAUAAUCAUACGAUUUAUGAUUUUGGGUCUAUCAAAUCUGGUCUUGCGUUUCGCGAUUCGGAUUUGGACUUUUACAUACAUUACGAGAAGGAAGGCGACAGGGUAGAACAAACCAAGCUCAUCCAUGUAAUAAACAGUCGAAUGAUGCGCGAUAAAAUGUUCCACGGGAUGGUGAAAAUAUUAGGGGCAAAAGUUCCGCUUCUACGAGCGAUCCAUGGGCCGACAAACUUGACGUGCGAUAUUAAUUUUUCCAAUGCACGCGGGUGCUACAACAGCAAGUUUAUCUUAGCGGUUACCAGAUUUGAUUUGCGUAUACAUAAGCUGGCAGUUAUUGUCAAAUUUUGGGCCAGAUGUGCUUACUUACUGAACAAUCAUCGACAGAUGAACACCUACUGUAUGAUUAUGAUGCUUAUUUUCUACCUACAAACGAAGAAGCUCCCGCUGCUGCCGUCGGUGCAGGAUCUCCAGAAGGGAAUCCCCCGAACCAAUUAUGGACCCUGGAAUCUUGGGUAUCCACGUGACAUAAGCUUCGCAUCGAUGAACAAGGAAUCGAUUCGAUCGUUGCUGUGUAACUUUUUUAAGUAUUACGCAAAUUUUGACUUCGAGAAGAAUCUCAUUUCGCCAUACGUUGGCCGUUUGUGCACCGUUGAGGAAAUGCAACAGUCCAAGGUGCGAGAGCUGCAGCCAUAUUAUCGUGCUGUGGAGCAUCAAAAGUACCCACCGUUCAACUUCGGGACAAUGCUCUCGAUUCAGGACCCAUUCGAGUUGAAUCUAAACAUCGGUGGAGUCUGCAAUUCAGUCGCUCACUUCGAACAGUUCAAACUUAGUUUUAAGGUGGCUUAUGAAGUAUUAUGCGCUACGAAUUCGGAGCCAUUUUCCAAAGUGCUGGAAACUCUGUUUACGCAAGUCAAGCGCUAUCAAAAACCAGCUAAAAGUCCUGUUCCAAAUGCAGUGAAUAAUGGGACGAAGGCAGUAGAAAAGACCGCACAGUGGAGGCUUUGUAGACUGCUACCAGUGGAAUACGAACUGUUCAUUGUUCGACAGAUUCUGCUGGCAACGAAGAAGGACAAGGAUGCUGUUAUAAACGAACGCCAGAUCAAAGAUAUGUGGGCCAAUUGUAUGCUGGAUUUUAUUGAGGACAUUCUGCGCAAAAUUUACCUCUGCCAGCUGGAAACUCUGACGGAUGUCGAACGUGUUGGAACUGUUCCCGAGCGAAUCAAGAAGGAGGACAUCCGAUCAUUCCAAAUGUCCUGCGAACGGCAGGUUAUGUUUAAACGCAUGCGUCUGCAAAUUUCCAACGAAGAGGAGCUGGACAAUGAAAUCGCCAUCAGUAAGUCACGCUGGGAACAGAACCGGCCGCUGGUGUUUAGCAUACGGAUGGAUGUGUUCAAAACGAAUGAAGCCGUUGAGAUCCAUCUGGGCGAAGAGCAACGUAAAAAUGGUUCCAUCAGAGUGUUCGUUGAGACAUGUCUCCUGACACAAAUCAGGAAGUGUACCACAGGCUAUUUCAAGGUGAUGCUGGCCCGAGCAGAACGGCGACAAAAGCUCCCCGAGUCGGCAGUGUCCACAGAGGGACAGAAUAAAGCAGUGGAUAAGGAUAUGGCGGAGUAGUAUAAAAGAUAUUACAGGAAGUUUAUUUUAAUGAAUUGACUACUCGAAUAACUCGUAGUUUUUUCUAUGUGAGUAGUCAACGGGUUUAAAAUGAUAAUUAAUAAUAAAGAUGAUCCACAUAAAUAAGAUUCA